GGGGCCCAAGACGACAGUCCCCAGGACCCUCCCCCCGAGUCCUUGGGGCCGGCCGGGUCCCCAGAGCUGGGGAGAUGGUUUGCGGUGGCUUCGCCUGCUCCAAGAAUGCGCUGUGCGCUCUCAACGUGGUCUACAUGGCUCUACUAUCCUGCUGCCCCCCAUCGCAGCCACGCCGACCGGUGGGCGCAUACACCUCCUCCCCGUAGUUCACACACACCCCGAUCUCGAGAACCCCCGUGUGACUCUCGGCCGCGCUGCGCGCUGGGGCUCUCUGGGGAUGUAACCCGCUCUGCUUCCUGCAGCUGGUGGGCUUGUUGCUCAUUGGAGUGGCUGCGUGGGGGAAGGGCCUGGGCCUGGUGUCCAGCAUCCACAUCAUCGGAGGAGUCAUCGCCGUGGGGGUCUUCCUUCUUCUCAUCGCCGUGGCUGGACUGGUGGGUGCUGUCAACCACCACCAAGUCCUGCUCUUCUUUUACAUGAUCAUCCUUGGUUUGGUCUUCAUCUUCCAGUUUGGAAUCUCUUGUUCAUGUCUGGCUAUUAACCGAAGCAAACAGACAGAUGUCAUCAAUGCUUCUUGGUGGGUCAUGAGCAACAACACCAGGGAUGAACUGGAAAGAAGUUUUGAUUGUUGUGGCUUGUUCAACCUUACAACCCUGUAUCAACAGGAUUAUGCUUUCUGCACUGCAAUCUGCAAGAGCCGGAGCUCCACAUGCCAGAUGUGUGGAGAAAAGUUCCUCAAGCAUUCAGAUGAAGCACUGAAAAUCCUGGGGGGUGUUGGACUCUUCUUUAGCUUUACAGAGAUUCUUGGUGUUUGGUUAGCAAUGAGAUUUCGGAAUCAGAAGGAUCCUCGAGCUAACCCCAGUGCCUUUCUAUGAGACUCUGGACCCUUCUGACUUUUGCUCUCUGUUCUCCCUAAGCUUUUCUUCCUCCCUUAGGGAAAACCUAGGGUCUGUAGCCCUUUUUGUUUGAGAAAAAGGAAAGGCCCUUUGCCACACAUCCCAAAAUGACUGAACAGCCAGGCUGUGUGCCUUGACAUGUUUAGUGGGAACAAGAUCGUAAGGAAUAAAGAACUUCCUCCCUCUCUCCCUAAGUGGAUAUGGGAAGCUCCUGGGAGCGCAUGAAGUGGGAUGGGGUUGGAGUCCUUCCUGGCUCUGUUUCGCUUCCACAUGCUAGACCAACUCGAUACAUUGUGGCCUGGCUCCAAGGGUAAAUCAGGGACAGAAUCAGGGAAAAAACCACCAAGAACUCUUUCUUACAAUAAGCAAGACCCAGUUUGGGGAAGUUCAGUGAAUAUAAAAAUAAAAGCCAUUUAAGCUCCGUAUUCAAAGAA